AUGUUCCUUAUUUAUGUGAACGAAAUACCUGGCAUCAUCACGUCUACUGACAAAUUAUUUGCUGACGAUACCAAAAUCUACCGACAGAUAAAUAAUAUCGAUGAUUCUAUUGCUUUACAGAUAGAUCUGACAACCCUCGACCUAUGGGCGGAUCGUUGGCAGAUGAAAUUUAAUUCUACCAAAUGUGAAGUCAUGAGAAUUACACAUAACAGAGACAAAAAGUCCAUGCGGUACAAUAUAUCAAGUACAGUGUUGAGGAAUGUAUCUAAUUACAAAGAUCUUGGAGUUAUUAUGUCUAGUGAUCUAAAAUGGUCAAAACAUGUUGAACAAAUAGUUCACAAAGCCAAUAAGGUUCUUGGCUUACUUAAACGCACAGUAGGCGGUAAAAACAAAGGUACUUUUUCAAACUUGUACAAAACCUUGGUUCGUCCAAUCUUGGAAUACGCCUGCCCGGUGUGGUCACCACACCUCAUGAAAGACAUCGAUGAAAUUGAGAAGAUAAAAAGAAGAGCCUCGCGAAUUGCCUUAGGCCAAAGAAGACAAGAGAUGGCGUACACGGAGAGGUGUAAAAUUCUUAAAUGGAACUCUUUAGUACAAAGGAGAGAUUUCCUUUCCUUAGUGGAAUGUUACAAAACUGUAUUCAAUCUAAAUGGAUUGAAUUUCAGCGAAUAUUUUGAACUUUGUAAAAACACUAAAUCGAGAUCUAACCACCCACAUAAACUACAACUCAAACUCCUGAUUGUAUUCAGUGCUACACAAGGAAAUAGUGAAAAAGGAGACAUUGCUUUAGACGAAAUAUAUCUUAGCCAUAGAAAAUGCGCAGCAAUUCCAAAACUUCCACCAGAAUCAUGCCCCCUGGUCUGUGAAAAUGGCGGCUCGUGGAAUCUUGAAAGUAUCAUAAGCUGGGGGAAAAGAUUGCGCAGAUGGUUACAGUGUGUUUACUAA